GGAUGCCCUGAGCAGGCAAGAUGGCGGACAAGGGCGGGGGUCUUCUCCUGUCCGGCAAUGUUGGGAGCGCAGCGUUGUGUCUGGGCCGGGAUCUGGAAGCUGGACCCAACCUAAGUGGAGUGACCAUCGUGGGGCCCGAGGAGCUAAGCCCCGUGCCCGUCCCCAUGAAUCUCUUUGCCACUUGGGAAGUGGACAGAUGCUCGCCCAGCUGUGUGCCCAGACUUUGCAGUUUAACCCUGAAGAAGCUGCUGGUGCUGAGAGAACUGGACCGAGACCUCAGCUCUGUCGUCAUCGCCGUAAAGCUGCAGGGAUCUAAGCGAGUUCUGCGCUCCAAUGAGUAUCACCUGCCCCCUUGUGGAGUGAUGGAGACUGAGCUGGAGCUUACGUUCUCCCUACAGUAUCCACACUUCCUGAAGAGAGACGCCAACAACUUGCAGAUCAUGUUACAGCGCAGGAAGCGAUACAAGAACCGAACCAUCCUGGGCUACAAGUCCCUGGCAAUUGGGGUCAUUAACAUGGCAGAGGUGAUGCAGCAUCCUACUGAGGGGAUGAAGGUUCUGGACCUCCACAGUAACAGGAAAGAUCCUGCUAUCCGAGUGGCAGAAAUCAGCAUCUUCUCCCUGUCCAGCCAGCCCAUUGAUCAUGAGGAGGUCACCACAGUGACCCGGCCAAAGAUCAAGGGCCUGGGUAAGAAAUCCUUAAGUAUGGCAAUGGCAUACUGGGCCCUGGAGGGACACAUACUGGGUAUGGGGGAGAAUACACUGGGGGUGGGGAGGGCAAACCGUACCUGGGAGCGGAGUCUAAGGUGCAGCUGAUUUACACCAGAGCCC